ACCAUUCCGGGGUGUCCUCUCGUUCGCUGCGGUGGCUGUGAGUGUGAGCUGCUUGGGGGGUUUUGGGGGGUGGGAGGUGGGUGGUGGUGGUGGUGCGGCGGGGGUUGGUUUGGUUGGUCGCUUGCUAGGCUGCGCAAUGCGGUGAGGUGGGGGAGGAGGAGAGGAGGGGAGGGGAGGAUGGGGUGCGCGCAGUCGCGGAUCGAGAACGAGGAGGCGGUGGCGCGAUGCAAGGAGCGGAGGCAGUGGAUGAAGUCGGCGGUGGCGGCGCGGAACGCGUUCGCGGCCGCGCACUCGAUGUACGCCAUGUCGCUGCGGGACACGGGCGCCGCGCUCUCCGAGUUCGCGCACGGGGAGGGCGUGCCGCCACCCCCGCCGCCGGCGGCCACGGAGGAGGCGGCGGCGGCGCACGGGGGCGUCGCCGCGGACCGGCUCGCGCCCGGGGGCGGGAUGGGCGGACCGGGCGUGCCGGGGGUCUCGCCGACGUCGGCGGCGGUCGACGCGAUGAUGCCGCCGCCGCUGCCCAUCGACUCGCUGCCGCCGCCCCCACCGCCGUUGCCGGAGUUCUCGCCGUCGCCGGCGAAGAUCCACCGCUCCAAGAGCAUGCCCCUACCCCCGCAGACCAAGGGUCCCGCUGUGCUCCACAGCGACUCGAUUAGAGAGGAGGAGGAGGAGGAGGCGGCGGAGAUAAAGGAGGAAGAGGACGAUGACGGACAUCUCGAUGACCGGCGGAGGAGGCUGCGUCACCGGCCGCAGGUACCGCCGCUGGUGUCUGCGCCAGCACCGGAAACGCCGGUGACGCCUCAGCCGCCGCCACCGCCUCCACCGGACUCGAAGUCUGGAGUUGACACGUGGGACUAUUUCUUCUCCAUGGACGAGGGGAUGGCCUCCAUUGCCCCCGACGACGACGAGAUUAUCCAUGAGCCUGAAGACGAGAAAUUUGUCCCUGCCUCGCCACCACGUCCUCCCCCUUCCCCUCCUCCACGGGUAGCAGCGCCGGUGCCACAGGAGGAGUUUGAAGAGGAGCCGCGUACGCCGGAGAUGGUCACGCCGCCGCCGUCGCUUCCUCCAAGGCCGCCUGGGGUUUCGUCCAAGAAGAAGAAGGGGAAGGGGAAGCAUAGGGCGGCGCAUCACCAGCACACGGAGUCGGCGCCGCCGUUCACAUUAGUCGGCGGGGGAAAGGCAGGGAAGGUGGUCCCUGCCGAGUUGCCGCGCAUCGAUCUUCUGCGGGUGCUCGCCGAGAUCGACGAUAGGUUCCUGAAGGCGUCGGAGAGUGCCGGGGAGGUGUCCAAGGUGCUGGAGGCCAACAGGAUGCAUUAUCACUCCAAUUUCGUUGACACCAGAGGGCAUAUUGAUCAUUCUGCUAGAGUCAUGAAAAUCAUAACAUGGAAUAGAUCCUUCAGAGCCAUGCAAAAUGGAGAUGAUGGGAAGGAUGACUUUGAAAAUGAUGAAUGGGAGACUUUGGCAACUGUCAUAGAUAAAAUUUUAGCCUGGGAGAAAAAACUCUAUGAUGAAGUGAAGGCUGGAGAGCUUAUGAAACUUGAAUAUCAAAGGAAGGUUGCUUUGUUAAAUAGACAAAAGAAACACAAUGCUGCCACUGAGGUUCUGGAGAAGACUAAAGCUGCUGUAACCCAUUUACACACAAGAUACAUAGUUGAUAUGCAAUCAAUGGAUUCAACUGUAUCAGAAAUUCAGCAUCUCCGUGAUAAUCAACUUUAUCCAAGACUUUUAGAUCUUGCUGACAGGAUGGCAAAAAUGUGGGAAGACAUGCACCUACACCAUGAAAAUCAGCUGAAAACCGUGUUAAAUCUGAAAUCAGUUGACAUUUCUGAUUCCCAUAUUGAGACAAGUGAUCAUCACCAUAGCCACACCCGACAGCUACGUGAUAUUGUCGAAAAGUGGACCGCAAAUUUUAGUGAUCUCAUGAGUUAUCAAAAGGAGUAUGUAAAUGCUCUGUAUAGCUGGUUGAAACUGAACCUUAUACCCAUAGAGAGCAGCUUAAAGGAGAAAGUAGCAUCACCACCGAGGGCGCAGCAACCCCCUGUUAAAGCCCUCCUCCAAGCGUGGAAUGAGCAUCUAACUAAGCUGCCUGAUGAUCUUGCCAAGACUGCCAUUGUCAGUUUUCGGGCAGUCCUGGACACCAUAUUAAGUGUUCAAGAUGAAGAGUUGAAACAGAAGGAGACCUGUGAACACACUCGCAAGGAAUACACACGGAAGGCUCGGGCUUUUGAGGAUUGGUACCACAAGCAUGCGCAGCGCAGGGCAUUCGAUGUCGAUCCAGAGAGUGGGGAGGGGACAACCCAGAAGGACACAGUCGCAGAGAAGAGGUUCGCUGUGGAGAGCUUGAAGAACAAGCUGGACGAUGAGGUGGAAGCCCACAACAAGCUAUCGAAGCAGGUCAGGGAGAAGUCUCUUUCGAUCCUGAAAGCACACCUGCCUGAGCUGUUCCGCGCCCUGACCGACUUCUCUCAUGCUUCUUUCGACAUGUACUCGAAGCUGAGGUUGAUGUCACUCAUGCAGGAUCAUCAUCAGGGCAACAACUAAAGCUCAAACAACAUGUACAGAGGAAUUAGGAUGCUAGCGAAAUUUCUGCCAACUGUUGUAACGGUCAUGUUGUUUCCUUGCCCUUCCUUUUUUUUUUGCGGUAUGUGUAGCUCAUCAGGUGAGAACAGCUGGGUGAGGUGGUCUGUCUAUUGAAAUUGUUGAGGUAAUCUGCGGUUUGGUCUCUAGCAAAUGGCAAUUCCUUUUGCUGUGUGAUGUUCUCCA